UUGCUCAGUGACAGGUGGCGAUUUAUUUUUAAUAAAUCUUUCCAGUUUUAGAGAGAUAAAAUGAGUUAACAAGACCAUUAUUACGCCAAAUCAUGAUCAUUAAAAAAGGACCUAACAUAUUUCAAUUGCACAAUAUUUUUUGAUAAUUUCUACAUCAUUCCGUAAAAAAUAAUGGAGUUUUAUUCAGUUGUGGACGACAAUAAAGACAGAUUUAUUAGAACUAUAGAAUGGGAUAUGAUGGACAAGACAAAAUUUUUUCCUUUAUCAAUGUUAAGUUCCUUUACAGUAAGAUGUGCUUUGUAUCCUUUAACGUUAAUAAAAACUAGGCUGCAGAUUCAGAAACAUAACGACUUGUAUACGGGUAUGUUUGACGCUUAUGGAAAAAUUUAUAAAUAUGAGGGUUUCGGAGGCUUAUAUCGGGGAUUUUGGAUAUCUUCAGUUCAAAUUGUUAGUGGAGUCUUUUAUAUAUCUACCUACGAAGGUGUCAGACAUGUUUUGAAUAAGAAAAACAUAAAUUCGAAUAUUAGAGCAUUCAUAGCUGGUGCUGCGGCGUCUUUAGUAGGACAAACUAUAAUAGUACCGUUUGAUGUUCUUAGUCAACAUCUAAUGAUGAUGGGCAUUGGAAAAAAAAAUGAAAACAUGGCAUUUAAUACUUUGGGACUGAAAAUGCAUCCUGACCGAAGUAAACUCUGUAUAACUUUAGACGUAACCAAGCAUAUAUUCAAGAUGGAUGGAAUAGCCGGCUUUUACAGAGGCUACUGGGCUAGUUUAUUAGCGUAUGUACCUAAUUCUGCUCUGUGGUGGGGUUUCUACCACUUCUAUCAAGAUCAACUGUAUGCCAUAAUGCCAUCAUGGGUGUCCCAUUUGCUGAUUCAAAGUGCAGCAGGAACUUUAGGUGGUUUCACAACUACAAUACUCACAAAUCCUUUAGAUGUAGUUCGUGCAAGGUUGCAAGUACAAAGAAUAGGAUCCAUGAAAUCUGCUUUUAGAGACUUGUGGGUGGAGGAGGGUCUCAGAAUGUUCUCCAAAGGUUUAAGUGCUAGACUGAUUCAGUCGGCAACUUUCAGUUUUAGCAUAAUCGUUGGUUACGAAACCAUCAAGAGGAUAUCUGUUAACGAUGAAUACAAAGAGUUUGUAAAAUGGUGAUAAUUUUAUUAGAUUUAUAUUGUUGUUUAUUGCGUACAGAACUUUUAUAGAACUACUAGUUGUUAAUUUUAUUUUUGUUACCUUCAUUUUAGAAGCGAUUUAUUUAUUGAAAAAUGUGUCGUAUUAGAAAUUUUAUUAAAUGCAUGGAAUUACAGUGAAGUGUAUAAUUUGUUAUAGCAGAGAGAUGAAUAAAAUUAAAUGUGUUGAAAUGAGCUACUGCCUUCGAUGUGAUUCGUAUUACCUACAAAAUUGCAGCGUAAAUAUUUUGUCAAUUUCUUUUUUUUUUCGUUGCUCUUUAAAAAAAAUUUUCAUUAUACAUGCCCGUGAUAUUAGUUUUGAUUGACUGUGAAAUCCAUUUACUUUACCCAUUAGUUACAGAAUUUCUGGACUGGUUGCUUCAUUAUUUGUGUAGACUUCUCAACAUUCUAAAGCAUAUCGUUCUGUUCAGAAAAAAAUCUGAAACCCCUUCUCAGAGUCUCAAAACUAACAACCAGACGGGAAAUUUGGCCUUAAUGUCUUUUAACAAAAUACUGUGGGCUAUAUCUCGUUUAUAAUUAGAUAAAAAUUGUCAGAUUGCGGUAUAUAGUUCUUUUGCUCAACUGACUUGAAUCAAUCUAAAUAAAAAAUGAUUUAAGAGAUGUAGGAGUAAAUUAGAGUGUCUAGGCAAUAGCAAAUGUUACACAUGCCAAAAUAGUGUAAAUGUGAUAUGCGAGUACCUACAACUUAACCAAUUUCACUUCAACAUGACUUAAUUUGAUAAAAUAUAAUUUCAUUUCAAUUUAAGAUUUCGUAAAAGUAAAUCAAAUUUUUUGGGGAUUCCGAUGUAAUUCACUGUUCAUCGUCAUUGUAGAAGUGGAAAUGGUUACAGAGAUAAAAAUAUGUUAUUAUGUUUAUAUUGCUUUAAUUAUAUUAUUGUAGUUACCUAAAUCAUUAGUUUUUUAAUUGUAGUCGGGCAAAUAUUUGUAAACAGUGCAAUUUGAAUGAAUGUUUUUUAUGUAUGUAAUAUAGUGGCCUUCUAGAUGUAGUUGUUGGACCAGCUAGAUCACCUCAGCUUUGUAAUAUUAGUAUUAAUCAGUGAAAUUUUGAUAUAAGGUUCUGUAAUUAUAACUUCAUUGCCAUGACAAACCUGUCCCGUGGCGACUCAUCUUUUACUUUCAGAAAACACACACCUCGGUUAGCAUAUGUCAAUCUUUCAUAUUUAAUUUUGACACCUCAGUAGUUUACAGAAACUACCCACGUUUCAAGAGUAUUUAUCUAAUUUGGUUUAUAAAAAGUGCAUGUACUUUUUAUCUACUUUUUUAAAACUUGACAUCAUUCCCAGUCCACAAAAAGCAAUACCAUAGUUGAAGGUUUUCAAUUUACGGAUUUAAAAAUAAUACGCAAACACAAACUUACACCCUAGUAAAUAUUUGACAUUUGUCACAAUUUCUAAAACACGUCAGUAUACUGAUCUAAACAAUUGAGGGUAAACUUGUCAAAAAUCCUUUAGUGUGCUACAAUGCAACAGAUUAGAAAUAGCACAGAUGCAUGAUUUAGCAGAUGAUGGACCAACUGCAAUGAUACAGUUGAUGGUUCAUGGCCUGCUGCAAUUUUUUUUAGAAGCCAUCUUUUCAGAAGAUCAUGGCAUUUUUUGUUAAAAAUCUAAGUAGUCUUAAUCGGCAUACCAGUAUCUCAAAAUUCACCAUUAUAAUGGAGUAUCAUUUUUUGAAAAGGUUUAAAUUUUUAAAUAUAUUAAGUUUUUGUUUCAGCUGUGCCAAAAACUGUAAUAAUUUAAAAGCAGGCUCUAUUAUUCACCAGUUAUAACUAGCACUGUCAGUAUUUGGUUAAUUAUUAAUUUAAAAUUGCAAAUUAAUGAUUUUCCGAAAAAUAAUAAAUGGCAGCAGGCUAUGGAUUGCCAACUGGAUCUUUAUAAUGUAUCCAGCAGAUAUAUCUAGAAGGCCACGUAUGUACGGUGUUAAUGAUAUAUUCUACUCUUUUAUGUAUAUCCUUUAAUGCAAUGGCCACCAUUGGAGAAAAUUAAAGUGGUCACAUUUUGAUAAUGAAAUAUGGGACCCAUAGUAUUUUUAGGGGAAACAUUUGUGAUGAAAAAUUUUCAAUGAGAUUUGUGAAAUAAAAAAAAAUUAAAAAUAGAGGUUGCUGACCCUAAUAAAAACAUUAUGUCCAAAUUUUUUUUUUUUUUUUCACAAUCAGCUGCACCUCUUGACUUCCAUAUCAGGGAGGGUGGAAAAAUUUAGGUACGCAGUAUUGAAAACAAAAACCAAAAAUAAUUGUAUAUUUAGUUUUAUUUUAAGUAGGUACUAUUGAAAUAUAGGGAAAAUGUGCUCAACAUUAUUUUUUUAUAGUGAGUCCAUUCUUCAGCUUUUGUCCAAAAAAACGUUCCAAUAGCUUUUUCAUUAAAAUUAUUGGUAUUGAUUUUUCAUAGAUAUCAGUGCAAGUGGUAUUAGUCUUUACGGUCUAAUCUAAAUUUUACAAUCUUUUAAAAAACACAAGAAACAAUACGUAGGUAACAAAAUAUUACACGUGUAUGUAAAUAAAUUAUGUUUAAUAAGACAAAAAAAUGGUAAAUAACUAUUUUUUCACUACUACGCAACGAUAACCAAGACCACCACUAUAAACAUUUUAGAUUUAAGGGCGAGCUACGAGGAACUCAUGUAUUUAGUGUUUUUUAAAUGAAUUUAUGAGUUAAUUGACUAACUGCAUAUAACAAAUUUAAAAUUUCCUUUUUAAUGUGUUUCAUAAGGCUAAUUUGUCUAAUUAUCUAGGAAACAUUACAAACUAAAUUUUAAAUUUUUUUUUGCUAUACAAAUUUGUAAAGGGAGCACUGCCCCAGAGCCCCCCGCAUCAGCCGAGCCGGCACUGGAUACAAACAGGCCUUUUUUCAGUUUUUGCAAUACUAAAUUUUCUUUGUAGUAAUACCUAUUUAAAUCUGAAUUUAAUACUACCAUUCCAUUUUUCAAACUUCAACAAUGCUGUAACUUUAUGAAAAAGGCAGUUUUGAGAAAAUUUUAAAAAAUGUUAUCUGUUGUUGAUUAUAAAACAAUUUUUUACGAUAUAUGUGCAAUCGCUAUUAAGAUAUCAGAUCCAGCAGCCCUUAAUUUAAUUUUUUGUUUCACAAAUUUUUUUCAAAACUCAUGAAUUUCGUUGCGAGUCCAGACGUCAUCAAAAAAUGGUAUGGGUCUUAAAUUUUAUCAAAAUAUGAGUGCUUUCAUUUAUAUCAACCGCCAUUGCUUUAAUUCUAAAUUUUACAACACAAAACAUUAAAAAACUUCCUAUGAAUGUGUGUCCCGAAACGUUUUGUUUUCAAGAUAUGGGGUGUUAAAUUUAUAAAAAUAUCACAUUUAUUUAAAUAUAUCCUAAGGUGUUUGAUAUACAGUGAUGAAAGUUGAGUGGAAUAACAAAAAUUUGCUUAGUAGCUAUAUAAAUGUCAAUCAGUAUUGGAGAUAUAGGAAAACAUUUGUCAUGAAGUAGCCUAGAAUUUCGACAAGCUGAAUAUUUUAGAGUGUACAUGUGCCUUUAAUUUCCAUACUACUUCUAAGAAAAAAUAUAUUUUUAAUUUUAUUCCAAAAAUUAACUUUAUCUGUUAGUUUCAUGUCAAAAAAAAUUAUAAAAUUUUUGUUUAAAUAGUUUCAAUGAAAUACAAUGCAAUUGUGAAAAGUCCCAGAAAAUUCAUGUAGGAAUUUUUAAUUUUCUGACUGAUAGAUUAAUUCCUUUCAUCAAUCUACAUCAAGUAUCUUCAAGGAUAUUUAAAAUGCGAUUUUUUUUACUUCAACGCCCUGUAUCUCAAUAGCGAAGUAUUUCCGGAUGCCUGUUUCUAAGGUUAUUUAUUGAUUUGUAAUGUAGAUUCCAUCAUUACAGUCUGGNUA